AUGGCACGACGCCUCACUGCUCCGAGGGUCCAACUCAGCAACAACUUCUCCGACCACGACGACGAUCCCGCCUACAACGAAAUCUUGGUCAGCAUCAGAUCCUGGGGCAACGGAGCCUUCGUCUUUCCGGAUCUCGCGGAACGAGCCGACUGGCGAAAGCCGGAGAACACCCUAUGGCAAGCUAGGGUCUUCCACCGAGGCCGGCGCUCGCUCGGAUACAUGAUGCUGGACACCGCCAGAGCAGCCUUACGCGUGCAUCCAGACAGAAGCAUGCAGAGCCUCGAACAGCUCCAGCGGAACCACCACGUGAAGCUUCUGUCCGGUGGACCUCCAUCAAGCGGUGACCCCGACCCUGACGGCAUGGAAUUCACCCCGUGGCAACCAGUAAUCUACGCGGCCGCCGAAUCCCCCAUGCCCAUACUGCAACUGCUGCAGUACCUGGUGAAACACCACUGCGCGUGCGGGCACUGGAGCCACCCCCCACCCCUAGUGAUCCGCAUACAAGAGUGGAACUGGACGGCGAAGCCGCCGCUACCAUGGACGCUCCGCUGCCACCCGAACAUGAACGACAUCGCCUGCUUCCGUGCAGUCCCACCCACCACAAGACAACAUGUACUCUGCCAACUCGACCGUGCCGCACACCCUCCCGGCGCAUACAUCCUCACACUCUUCGGAAAUCUCUACCCGUACAGGCGACUUCUAAACAACGAAGACAUCCCAGCCGGACACGUUCCGGCAUCAGGCAGCGAAAAGAAAGCCACCUAUGUGAGGCAGAUGCACUUCGACAGCUUCGACAGCAAUGCAAGAGAGAGAAUACAAAGCCUCCUCAUCAACGCCCUGUGCAGCUUGCCCGUCUACUUUAUCGACGCAACGGAAGAUGACUCCGACGAGUUCGCUUCUUGGAUGGCGCCCGACCGAGCCAGGAGACCACUUCCCGCCAACGCCAUGCCGAAACGACGCUUCCAAGCCCACGAAGUCGCACUCCAAGAGCCUCUCACGAAGCGAAACAGCAACAACACCGACCCAACAGCCGGGCGCUUCCUCCUAGCCACCGUGACUUAUUGGGGCAGCGCGGCCCAUUACUUCGACAACACGCCCACGACUACAAAGUUGUGGCAAAUGCAAAUCGAUCACGCGGGCUACAACAACUUCAGCUUCAAGCUGCUCCAGGUCGUGAAUGAUACGCUCCGCAACUACCCCGACCCGAAUAUCACGGACUUGAAAAGCCUGGAGCAACACAUGAAAAUACGAGUUCUCAACGGUGCCCCCAGCCAGCAAAAAGAAGACAAUGACCCGGACGGCAUGCAAUUCAAUCCGUGGCGACCUGUGCUCUACGUGGGCAAUGAGAACCCCAACCCACUCCUGGAUCUGGUGUAUCGAGUGCUUCAGCACAAAGUGGAUUCAGCACAUAUCAUCGACAUGCCAGCACUUCAAGUGCAGUCAAACUGUUCGCACUGGAGCCCUACGCAGGAAGACCUACCACAACCGUGGCAACUAUUGCGCACAGAACCAGAAUGGAUGCCGAACAUAUUCAGAGUCUUGCCUCCCAGAGGACGAAGACACAUCGUGUGCCAACUCGAAGCUGCCGAAGACGAGCACUACGACCUGAUGUUUCUGGGCGGACUCUAUAUUUUUCGGGACAAAUUCGACGCACAACAGGUCCCUUACGGAUUCCACAAGACAGCCGAUCCAACGGAAAAGCGAAUUUACGUCCGCCUUCUCAAAGUAAAGAACGACCAAGAAGGCAAAGAGAAAGUACUCAGGGUUGUCGACAACGUUCUGUACCACAUGCCCGUCUACUUCUACCACUACAUCGAUGACAAGAAAGACCCCAUGCUGACCUGGCUCCUUUCUCUAGGCCCCUUCCGACUCAACCCCAUCCCGUUGGACGACACCUGCACACCAGAAUCCGGCAUGCGAGCAGCCAUGGCAGACGGGACCCCGAACACCGCAAACGUCCCACAAGACCCCAACCACGCGUUAGUUGCAGUCAUGACUUUCUGGGGCAUGGCCAAUGCUUGGUUUCUCAAUAGCUACAAAGACGAGCCCCUCUGGCAAGUACACCUGGAGCAGUCGCAACCGAGCUAUACGCACUCCGCCAUCCUUUCCGGUAUACAAAAGUACCUGGCAUCAGGACAACACGGAAUGCAUGAAGUCAACGACUUCCGAAGCCUCGAAGAGCACGCCUUCAUCACCGUGCUGAAUCACCUGCCAGAAACCAGCGACGCGCAGCACGCAGAAAGUUCGGACAACGCACCAGGAAAGCCCGUUUUCUACGUGCAUCACCGGUCCCUCGAGCAGUUCUUCCGAUUACUCCGAGACACCCUACGGUACAGAAGCCAGCGCAAGCAAGGCAAAAAAAAGCUACCAAACUUGCUGCUCCAUUGCAACAGUCCCAAAAACGUGGCCAAUCUACCAACUCCGCCCGAGCCGUGGAUUCCACUGAAGCACAGCAAACCCAACACCAAAGUAGAAGACAUAUUCAAGCUGCCGCCUCCAAGAGGCACUCGCCACACCAAAUGCAACAUCACGAAAAAGAACGGCAAGUACAUGCUUACCUUCCACGCCGGCCUCUUCGACCAGCCCCAGAUGUUUCGACGAAACUCCUACAAGACACACAACUACGAAGCCGGACUCGUCCUCUGCGUAAAGAACAACUACAAAGGCCGCGUCAGCGUCAUCAGCGCGGUCAGAGACAUACUGCAAAACGUUCCCAUUUGCCUUGCACAUCGACUCAAGAACCACGACGAUGACUUCCUGCUGUGGCUCCUCACGCAGGAAGAAAGCGCCUCAACCACGUCCGGCACCUUCUCCAGCCAGCAGUUGAGCAGAAAGGAAAAAUCCGAAGAAGGAGACGAAGCCGACGCCCGCAGCUUGACCACUUCCAACCACGACGCGCAACCGCACGGACCUGUGCCAGACAACAAAGACCACCCAGACAUCGGCGACAGCAUCCUUACUUUAUACUCACAGACCCUGAACAACAUCUUGGCCCAGAAGCAGCACAUACUCGUCGUCGGCACCAAAACAAGGCCAAAAUGCAUCUGGCUCGCAAGCGAAGGUUGCAUCAAAGCAAGAGCUACCAUCGAACAAGUGAGACGCAUUGACGGUCAGGAAUUUCACGAACUCUACAACCAACACCUCCAACUGGACCCACCCGAUUCCCAAAACUUCUACGCGCUCGCGAUCACAAACGUUCGCCGAACCAAUAUCAACUUCAAUUACUACCAACUGAUGCCCCCCUCCCUGUUCACACGGUACCGCACUGGACCAGACGACCUGUGUCCCAUCAGCAGGAGCUAUCGCAAACGCAAGGAAGCUGAAGAAUACGCACAACGGCAACUCGCCCUGCCAGUCCAAGACGAGCAACACCAACCCACCCUGCCAAUCGAAGACGCACCCAACCCAGAAGCCACUGCGCCCGCAAAAGUCGGACGCGACGAGACGAAGAACCACGACGAAAAGGGACAGAGCUAG